CUCUUCCAUUGUGCCGGAGUCCUGUUUUGGUAGAACAAGGCAGCAGAAGGCAUGAGUGGAAUCUGGUACCUCGCUGUUUUGUGGCUGCUGUGUGCUGGGAUAGAGGCUCAGAAUGGGUCACGAAAUAGACUUCAGCAGAACAAUAUAGAGGUGCAAAGUAAGAAACGUCUGCCUUUUAAGUCAUGGAACAGCCAGAUGUACCCUGUAUGGAAAGGAAGUGAAGCACAGAAGAGGGACUGUUGGAGAGGAGGCCAAGUGACUUUCAAUAUCCAAAAUGAUGCCCCAACAUUGACUGGUGCAAAGGUUUCAUUCUUCAUCCAGUUGAACUUUCCCCGUAAUCAAACUCUGUUGCCUGAUGGGCAGGUUGUAUGGAGUCAAAACUGCACUAAUAACAGUACCUGGGUGUCAGCUGGUGAACCAGUCUACCCUGAUGAGUGGUCAGAAGGUUCUAAAUGUACCUUUCCAGAUGGCCGUCCAUUCCCACGUGAGGCUGAGAAGAAACGCAGCAAAUUUGUCUAUGUCUGGCAAGCAUGGGGGAAGUACUGGCAGGUAAUAGAUGGUCCCACUUCCAAUCUAACAGUGGAGACUGAUGGCGUUCCACUUGGCUCAUACACAAUGGAUGUUGUGGUCUACCAUUAUCGAGGACGGCAGAAAUUCAUCCCUAUUGGCAGCACAUCCUCUCAAUUUGCCAUAACUGAUCAGAUACCAGUCUCUGUUUCCAUAUCCCAAGUUCUUGAUCUGGACCAGGAGGACAAGCGCUUCAUCCAGAACAGAGCGGUGUCCUUCUCUGUAGCAGUUCAUGAUCCUAGCAACUAUCUCCAGACAUCUGACAUAUCUUUCUCCUGGGAUUUUGGAGAUGAGAGUGGUACACUUAUAACUCGGAAUACAGGUGUUACUCACACAUAUGUUUCUCCUGGUGUCUUUAAUCCAAAGCUUGUUGUCCAGGCUGCCAUUCCGAUCUCUCCAUGUGGUAGUGCUGCUCCUGUGGUAACAACUGCACAGGGGGAAGUGACUACAGAGAUACCAGUAGCACCCACCACUGAAGCUGCUACAACCAACAGUGAACAAUCGACAGUGGUUCCCAGUGGUACAGUUGUGCCAGUUCCAAGUAACUCCACACUGUCACUCAAUGAAUCAGAUUCGUCUGUAACUGAGGCUUCAAUAAAUGACCUUAACAUGGAUUCUGAACCUGUGGCAACAGAUCAAACAGUUGUACAGACUGUUGUUCCUGGAACUUCACAAGUGGUUAUAGUCAAUGGUGAAGAUGCUGUAACUGAAGUCAUGCCUGCUGAUGAUGGCUUGCCAGCCACACAGGAAGCCAUUCCUAGUAGUGCAGCAGUAAUUGGCACAGAAGCUAGUAGUUUGGCAAUAGUUAUAACUGAGGCUGUGCCUACCCAGUCUGUAGAAACUGAAACACCGCUUGCUGAGGGCAUUGAUGAAACUGCUGCACCAAGUACUGACACUGAAGUUUCCUCUACACUAGCACCAGCAGAAGUAACUGAUCUGGUUGCAUCCAAUGAAACAGUACCAGUCACAGAAGCUAAUGGAGAAGUCUUAUUACUUGCCAAGCGCCAGGCUCCCGAGGGACCAUUUGUUGGGUGCCUACUGUACAGAUAUGGAACAUUUGCCAGUGACCUGGAAAUUGUCUCUGGCAUUGCAAGUGUACAGAUUGUUCAAGUGGAACCAAUUGUGGCUGCUGGGCUUGAAAACACUGUGGAUCUCACUGUUACAUGCCAAGGAAGUGUACCAAGACAAGCUUGUACUGUCAUUUCUGACUCAAACUGUGAGAAUCCACAGCAGACUAUCUGUAACCCAGUGGAGCCCUCUUCUGACUGCCAGCUAGUACUGCGGCAAGUCUUCAAUGAAACUGGAGUCUUUUGUGUUAAUGUGUCCCUGGCUGACGAUGUCAGCUUGGCUGUUGCUAGUGCACAAGUUAGUGUAUCAUCAGGUGCAGCAUCUUCUGUCAGUGGAAUUGCUAUAACAAUUGGUGUACUCCUGGUUGCACUGGCUGUAGCGACUGUUGCUUACACAUACAGACACAUGAAGACUUACACGCCUCUCAGAACAGGGCAAUCCUCUAACUGGUUCCCUGAUCGUACAUCUCUUCGCCUCUUUUUUCAAAAUGCCCUUGGACGCUCCAUGAGUGGGGAAAGUAGCCCCCUCUUAAAUGGUCGAGUGGUUUGAUACAAAGGUGGCAGAAACAUGAUCUGUUCUUGAAGAUUGUACAGACUGGUGGAAAGCCGUUCUUCUUAAAUCUGUUGUAAAAGCAGCCCUUAAAGCAAAUAUGUGGCAUUAAAUGUUUUGGUCCAAUGCAUUUCCAGCACGAUGUAAGUUGUGAGGAGAUACAAUCUUCAUUCUAAGGCUGAAAUUGUUCUAAUAAAUUUAUAAA